CUCGUAGCGGUCGAGACACAGCAGAACUUGCGAUGCGUUGCUUCAACAGGCGACACAUAUUGCUGUACCGUCGACGAGGCGCAUCCAGGCUGGGCUGAUCAGACUCGCGGUCUUGCGACACGCGCAGACAAGAACGAAAGUAAUUGCUUCCGUCACGCUCUUUUGUCGGCGGAUGGCACCGCUGUAGUCACGUACAAUGAGGAUCUCAUUUUGAGAACUUUUGCACCUGCUGAGAUCAAGCCCUACUGUUCCGCUCCUUCGCCAGCAAAACUCACCUCGCUCACCCUCCAUCCUGCCUUCGAUGUCACCAAUUCCGCCACUACUCUGCUCCUGACUUCGCAACCAGACCUACCCAUACGUCUGACCAACGCCCUCGAUUUCACAUAUACCCACGCAUCCUACACAUGGCAGAACUCUCUGACCGAAGCAUAUAUUGCACCCUCGUCUCUUCUCUUUGUAGACAACAACCACUUUGUUGCAGGCGCANAAGAUACUCUGGCCGUAUUCGACAUUCACUGCCAAGACGCUCCAGUGUACGAAUGUCCGACGAGAAAAGGCCGCAAGGCAAGGAAGCUCUAUGGAGCCGAUAACUCUGGCAUUGGCGGUAUCGUGUCUUCUCUGGCUCUGUCAAAUGACAACGUCCUGGCUGCAGGUACCUACAACCGUCAAGUCGGCUUGUUCGAUAACGCUGGCCAAGGAGAGUCGGUAGCUGCGUUCGAUUUGAGUUACAAUGAUGCCGACGACAAACUACUCAAGGGAAAUGGUGUCAGCCAGCUUGCCUGGAGUCCAUGUGGCAAUUACCUCUUUGUUGCCGAACGCCAGAGUGACGCUCUAUUGGUCUACGAUAUCAGGCAUACAGGACAGCGUCUUAGUUAUCUCUCUGAUCGACACGCUCUUACAACCUUAAAGCUCUCCUUCGACUUCGCGAGCGACGCAAACGGCAAAAUCGACAUAUGGGCAGGUGGUACGGAUGGUAAGGUCAGAGUCUGGCGAGACGUUACAAGCAGAGAAGGCCGCAUAGAGCCAGAUUCAGCACUGCAUGCAAGUCAUGCAUCUGGUCAACGUCGCAAUCCCAGCCAUCUCGUGGGCUUGGACGACUCCGAUUCUGNNAUUCCGACUCGAGUUCGUCAGAGAGCAGUUCAGACACUGAAUCUGGAGUCAGACGAAGAGGAGCACGAAAAUAGCGGUCGCCAGCGCCAUGAAGCUCAAGGUGAGACGCCGGCCUCGGGCAUAAGUCCCAGUGUGGCUGUCGAGGAUUCUUGGCGAGGACCCGCUUUUGACAAUGUUCUCUCCUUUUGGCAGAUCGUG